GAGAGAGAGAGAGAGAGAGAGAGAGAGAGAGAGAGAGAGAGAGAGGACCUCCGGACUGGCUGAUCUGUGGGCUGCUGCUGCUGCUGCUGCUGCUGCUGUCAGUGAUGUGAGGCGACAUUCAGGAGCUGAUGAGCGUCCUGCUGCCUGCAUGUGGAGGACACACAUUUCUACAUCUUUGCAGCUACAUGUACAGCAGCACUGUGUGGUGGAGACCAGUUGAAGUUGGCUUCCUGCCUGUUGAGAUGUGCCAAUAGGAAACACUGUGAACAGGGGUUCAUGCUGAUGAAAUUGAUCUGCUCAGUGAGCUCCAACCAGAGCCAUGGGGAGUACCCAGACUGCCGGAGUGAGAGGGAGUCGGGAGGGGAGGCGUCUCUCCUGGUGUCUCCACUGGUGGUGGCGGGGAUCGUUAUAGGUUUGGUCCUCUUCCUCUCCUGCAUCACCAUCAUUGUCGGCAGCCUUCGCAAAGACAGUCGACUGCGAAACCCUCACCUCCGAGCGAGCUACGGUCUGGACGGUUUUUCCUACGGAGGUUCAGUAGGAGAGCUGAGAUCUACCUGCUUAGAGGACUUUCCUCCUGGUUUAGACUUCGAUUCAUACAGAGACACUCUGUCACAGAUCAACAACCUGUACCCCGACUCACCACCACGUUACGAUGAGUGUGUCGGCCCAGGAUCGACUCAGAUCUACAUCCCUACAGAUGACCCGCCUCCUUACUCCCUACUGGACCCCUUUCAGCGAGGGGCAGAGCAGGAGGAGCAGCCUGAAUACACCAGUCUGGAUCCGUCUCCAUACAGCGGAGAGACCUCGGCCAGCGCCGCCUGGCUCCCCCCCUCCCACUACCCUCUGGGACUGCAGGAGCAGGAGCCGCAACACAUCGCAUCCAUCUCCUUCCCGCUGGAAGCAGCGCCGCCUUAUGAGUCAGUGUUGGCCGAGCAGGGACAGCCCCUCCCCCUCAUGCCAUGUGACCUUUAUAAACACCAAUCAGAGAGGGGGGCCGAUGACAACUCCCCGCAGCCGGGAGCGAACCAGAUCUCAUAGGACGAUUCAUUUGUUUCUUUCACCUGCGCCGUCAGUCGUCCCCAGCUGAAUCGAACAAACACUUGCGAGGCUGGGGCACAAAAUGGCUGGUGGUAGCAGCUGUGACACCAAACAAAGGACAGUAAGUGAGAUGCACACCUUUUUCACACAGCUGCUUUACACCUAUUAAGGCUGAAAAUUUGCUGACAUCAGCUCCUCGGUGGACUGAAACUCAGCCAAGACUCCAGUUUUCGACAGUUUAACUCCAGUUUGUUUGUGGAUAAGAUUAAAACCCACCUGACUGCGUCGAUCUGUAAAGUCUCUGGAACGACGGCUGCGAAGAGCUCUGACGCUCCCUCGGACACUAUCGUCCUCCUCGUUAUGACGCCAUUGUCUGGUUCAGUUUUUUCUGUUAAGCUCUCUUUCAUUGGACGAGGACCGAUCAGAGAGUCACGUGUUGGUGUUUGGAGUUCGGAGGCUGAAUCACUGGUACACAAACGCAUUUAUUCAUCACACUGUUGACGACAGCCAGCUGACUUUGUAGAAGAAGAGUGUAAAACAAUAUCAUUGUGGUAUUUAGUAGUGUAGUUUAAGGUAUAAACAAGCACACAGAGUACCCUUGUCCCCCUUCACAUUUCUUUUGGUAUGAUCCUCACCUCUCCGUCUAUUUAAAUGAUUGAUGACUGUGUUAGACUUCCCAAACUACCAGAACACCACUGAUGCUGAUCCCAGGUCUCCGUCUCUGUCGUGUGUUUAGAGCAGUGUGCUGUUCUGUAGCUUCCAGCGUGGUGGUAGUAUCCUAGUCGUUAGAGCGAUGGCACCGUUAAUGAAAUGGUUAGGAAACUACCUGAAAGACGUCUGACAGCCUUUGGGCCAAAGCACUAUGUUAAUAUUUCCAGCAAAACAUCCGUCAUCACCAGAGAGGGGGUUUCAACUUGUCACUCUGUUGUACAAAUUGUCGUAACUCUUUUCUAUCAAGGGCUCUGGUUUUAAAUAUCGAUUCUGUAACUGGACCCCAGCAGCAACAUGUAGCUCGCAGUACCCUCCUUCCUGACGAGGUCGGGACUGAUGCAACAAAGACAUUACACGUAAACUGUAGACCUUAACACACUGUCCACUAGAGGAACGGAUGCUUCUGACUUUGUCUUUAACUCGGCCCGAACCAUCACGGAGGUCUUUUGUUUUGUUUUGUUUUGUUUUGUUUUGUUAAUGCACUAAAGGUUUAAACAUCCUCUCAGUUUACCUGCGUUUGCAACCACUGGAUCGUGUAAUUCAUCAGAUUGCUAAUUCGGGAAAGACACUGAUGUUAAUGUCAACAUGUUAUUGUGGCCACUUUAUCCUCUACUAGUUUAAUUGGCCAAAAGUCCAACAGGAAUGAUAAUCUAUACUGUUAUUUCCAUUACUGAGUGGUGUUUUGAUUGUUUUCUUGAUUAAUUAAUUUGGAUUUUGAUCUAUGAAAUGUCAGAAAAUAGUGAAAACGGUCACGAUGAUGUCUUAAAGCUCAAAGUGACGUCUUCAAAUCGCUAUUUUUUUGCCUGACUACAGCCCAAAACAGAGGGAAAAAAACUUUAAAUUCAGCAAUUAAUUUAAUUGAUUAUUGAAAAAAGCGGCUUGUUGCUACUAUUCAUCUGAUGUCCUUAAUUAUUAAUCAUAUUUUGGGAUGAAAGCAAUGAAUCUCGGAGACAUUCAAAGCCUUUUCACACCAGGAACGUGACAAAUAUAUGAUACGAAUUCACUUAAUACUCUCCUGCAAACAUGUCACAUUAAAACUAUUAAUUUCAAAUUUGUGACAUGUUGCUUAAGUAUGUGAACUGAAGACAUCAGUAUGUUAUGACUACAUGAAA